AAGAAAAGAAGACCAUUGCUGCUUUUAAAGAUGGCGUCCAGUCAGACGAGUUCUCUGUUAUCACCUGUAAAACUAUGACCUGAAGAAAAAACACAUCCAAAAGCUAUAUUAUAAAACAGAAGACAUUCCAAGAAUAUCGGACUAGCCUGUCUUGGCAUCUGUGAGUUAAAAUGCCUUCUCCUAAAGCGCGGAGCAGCGGCAGUGGUCCGUGUCCCGGUGGAAACGGGCGCUAUGAGUUCCUCUCUCUGAGCCGGGCUCCCGCGCCGCAGCUGCUGCAGAGACAGGGCUCCGACCCCACCACAGCCCGGCUCCGAGCUUCCGAGAGCCCCAGCGGAAGACGCGGCUCGGGGUCGUCCACCUCUUCCACCGGCGGGCAGCAGUUACCGGAAGAAGACUGUAUGAGACUAAACCCGUCUUUCGUCGGCAUCGCGCUCCGCUCUCUGCUGGCAAUCGACCUGUGGCUGUCGAAGCGGCUCGGGGUGUGCGCCUGUGAGGACUCGUCCUGGGGCAGCGUGCGACCCCUCAUGAAGCUCGUCGAGAUCUCCGGACACGGGAUCCCGUGGCUGGCCGGUGCCGCGUACUGUCUGUACAAAAGCGACAGCGCCGCCGGCCAGGAGGUCAUGCUGAACCUGCUCACGGCCUUGGUUCUGGACCUGGUCCUGGUCGGCGUGAUGAAGGCUGUAGUGCGGCGGAGACGUCCUGCUCAUAACCGUAUGGACAUGUUUGCCACAUUCUCUGUGGAUGGCUAUUCCUUCCCAUCAGGCCAUGCCACACGUGCUGCGAUGUGCGCCCGCUUUCUAUUGGCACAUCUGGUGCUGGCGGCCCCACUCCGCGUUCUUGUCCUGCUCUGGGCCACAUUUGUUGGUUUUUCUAGAGUUCUCCUCGGACGCCAUCACGUGACGGAUGUCGCCUUCGGUUUCUUCAUGGGCUACUGGCAAUAUAAUUUGGUUGAGAUGCUCUGGUUGUCUCCAGUCAUGUUGCAAAGUAUGAUAGGACGGCUUCACUGAGAAGCUAAGACUGAGGUCCCCAUUAUUUGGAGGAUCUAGACACAUUCGGUUGCUGGUAAUAAUUCCAUUAUGUCUGUCAAAUUGCUUUAUGUGUGUUUUUCACGUUUUCUGUGUCUUAACUUGAAUGUAAAAUCUCUCAUAUCUUCUGCCACAAAUAUCCAAGGUUUUAGGUUCACAUUUGAUCAGACUGAAUAGAUAAAUGAGUUUAAGUUGAAGUGAAAACAGACUUAACUACUUUUCCAUCACUUGAAGUGAUUUCUCUGCUACUUUUGUCAGUAAUCUGAGAUGUGAUAGAUUACUCCAGUCUUAAUGAAUCCGCUGCCAUCCUGUUCUGCUCUUUUGAGGAUUGGUCCAUAUCAAAAAAGGAGGACGGAUGGGAUGAUCUUUGGCUUCUAACAUCAGUUUACUUGUUUACAGAAUAAAAUCUCGCCAUUGUGGUACUACAUUGUUAUAGGACCUGAAACACUAGGCAACAUCUCGAAGAUUUUGCUUCCAUUUUAAUAAAAAAAAAUCAGCUCUUCAUGAAUGAAUAUUUAAUUAAGCAGGGGAAGAGAACAUUUCAGCACAGAUCUAAUACCUUUAGGGUAUGUUGUGUUAUCUCUGGAGGGUUCCUCAUUACACUGAUAUCGAUCUAAAGUCUUUUGUGUUUUAAAGCUCUGUUCUGAUGUUCAUGUCUCAAAAGAGUGAAAUUGUUCUUUUUGCUGUGGUUUUAUUGUGAUCUUGUUAGCCACUGUUAAAUUUUAUUGCACUUUUUCAUGCAGUCUUAUUGAUCUAUGAAACGGAAGUUUGUUGUAUUGCUUUGGUUUAAUAAAAGUUAGCUGGUUUUCAAUAGGGUUAAAGCCACAGCUGUGAUUAUAGAGCCAUAAAUCACAUGACAUGCUGUAAAUUGUUGCCAUAUAUCAGUCAUAAUGACUGUUUGAUAACAUUAAGCAGGUGUAAAUUGCACCAUGAUGGCCAUAAUUUUAAAUAAAUUUCCACUCUGUCGUCA